GGCGCGGAGCCUGGCUCUGGCAACUCAAGAUGGCGGACGAGAGUGAGACAGCAGUGAAGCCACCGGCACCUUCGCGGCCGCAGGUGAUGGAAGGGAACGGAAACGGCCAUGAGCACUGCAGCGAUUGCGAGAACGAGGAGGAAAACAGCUACAACCGCGGAGGUUUGAGUCCAGCCAAUGACACUGGAGCCAAAAAGAAGAAAAAGAAACAGAAAAAGAAGAAAGAAAAAGGCAAUGAGACAGAUUCAAACCAGGAUCCGCCUAUGAAGAUGAACUCUUUGCCAGCAGAGAGAAUCCAGGAAAUACAGAAGGCUAUUGAGCUGUUCUCAGUGGGUCAGGGACCUGCCAAAACUAUGGAGGAGGCCAGCAAGCGGAGUUAUCAGUUCUGGGAUACACAGCCUGUCCCCAAACUGGGUGAAGUAGUAAAUACUCAUGGUCCCGUGGAGCCUGACAAAGACAACAUCCGCCAAGAACCCUACACCCUACCCCAAGGCUUCACCUGGGAUGCCUUGGACCUGGGAGACCGUGGUGUGCUGAAGGAGCUCUACACCCUCCUGAAUGAGAACUAUGUGGAAGAUGAUGACAAUAUGUUCCGCUUUGAUUAUUCCCCAGAGUUUCUUUUGUGGGCUCUCCGGCCUCCAGGAUGGCUCCCCCAGUGGCACUGUGGGGUUCGAGUGGUCUCAAGUCGGAAACUGGUUGGGUUCAUUAGUGCCAUCCCAGCAAAUAUCCACAUCUAUGACACAGAGAAGAAGAUGGUGGAGAUCAACUUCCUGUGUGUUCAUAAGAAGCUACGCUCCAAGAGGGUGGCUCCAGUGCUGAUCCGAGAGAUAACCCGAAGGGUCCACCUGGAGGGCAUUUUCCAGGCUGUUUACACUGCCGGGGUGGUGUUGCCAAAGCCUGUUGGCACCUGCAGGUACUGGCAUCGGUCCCUAAAUCCACGGAAGCUGAUUGAAGUGAAGUUCUCCCACCUGAGCAGAAAUAUGACCAUGCAGCGCACCAUGAAGCUCUACCGACUGCCAGAGACUCCCAAGACAGCUGGGCUGCGACCAAUGGAAAAAAAGGACAUUCCAGUAGUGCACCAGCUGCUCACCAGGUACUUGAAGCAGUUUCACCUCACGCCAGUUAUGAGCCAGGAGGAGGUAGAGCACUGGUUCUACCCCCAGGAGAACAUCAUUGACACUUUUGUGGUAGAGAAUGCUAACGGUGAGGUGACAGAUUUCCUGAGCUUUUAUACACUUCCCUCCACCAUCAUGAACCAUCCAACCCACAAGAGUCUAAAAGCUGCUUAUUCUUUCUACAAUGUUCAUACCCAGACCCCUCUUCUAGACCUCAUGAGCGACGCCCUUGUUCUCGCCAAAAUGAAAGGGUUUGAUGUGUUUAAUGCACUGGAUCUCAUGGAGAACAAAACGUUCCUGGAGAAGCUCAAGUUCGGCAUAGGGGAUGGCAACUUGCAGUAUUACCUGUACAAUUGGAAGUGUCCCAGCAUGGGGGCCGAGAAGGUUGGACUGGUGUUACAGUAACCAAUCACCAGUGAGAUUCUGGAUAAAGCCACUGAAAAUUCAAACCAGGAAAUGGAACCCCACCACUUGUUGGUCCAACUUUUCACAAACGUGAGAAUCCCUGGCAAAGGGAACAGAACUGAACCGGCUUUACCAAACCGCCAUCGAACUUGACAAUUGUAUUACAAUGGCGUAGGCUGCGUGAUGUCACCUCUGGCCAUGUCUCUGGUUCUCCCUGUUUUCUAAUUAAUCACAUCCUCAUGCAGCCGUGAUCAAGGGAAUGUAACUGCUGAAAACUAGCUCGUGAUUGGCAUAUUAUGGAGUUAACGGGUGAAUAAUAAAAGUAUAUAUAUAUUAUAUAUAUAAAUAUUUUAAAUAUCUUUCAUGUUCCAAAUGUACAAGGAGGUUUGAUCUCUAAUGAGAAGCUGAAUCCAGUCAUUCCUCAGAAUUAGAACCUAAAGGCAGUGGUGGACAGACAUACUGGCACAAUUCACUGUUCCUUCAGAAGCAGGCACUAGCUUUUUUCGGGAGGGCACUUCCUCCAGUUCCCCUUUGGAAUCAGCUGGAUGAACUGGCUUUAAUUGGGGAGGGAAGAGGAAGGACUCUGCCAGCUUGGGAGAGGGCUCAGAUCUCUCAGGAUGAAAGGUGGAGCCCCUGGGUGGGGCUGAUCCUUGGCAAGGCUCUUCCUGCAGGGCUCAGCCCUUUUCUGCACUCUGAGACUGAGCAGUGGGGACAAUCAUGGAAGCAGAUUUCAUUAAUCAAAUAAGUUCCUUUUCCACCCCUGAGGCCUGCUCCCUCUGGGAGGUCAUCCUGCCAAGUGACUUAAAAGGGCUCUUAAGCCAGCUGUUGCCAACCUUACAGGAAUGUGUCCUCUGUGAGAAUUUGCCUUUCUACUGCCCAGAGUGACUGGCAGUUUGAAGAGGACCUUGAACCUCCUUGUAGCAUCUGGAACCUUGUGAAGACCACAUCAGUGCAAGCCCUACUUAGCACCCUGUUCUCCCCAGGGUGGCUAGGCAGAGAUGACAUAGGCUGAUACCCAGGCCCUUCCAGCCCCAGCGCCUGGCCUGUGCCUUCUAGCCCAUCAGCCAUCUCUUGCUCUACUCCUCUCAGUGUCUCCAUUCUAGGACACAAAGCCACAGUGACAGCAAGAAGUGGGGACUUGGCAACAUUGCCAUUGUCUAAGUCUGGUUUUCACUGAUGAUAUUUUGUGAAUUUUUGUGGUGGUAGUGAUGGGUAUGGAUGCUGCCAAUUUCUCCAGAAGUAACUGAGCCUCUGAUCACAUGGUGGCCCACGUCGGCAUUCUUCAAUGGUAUUCAGCCAAGUGGCCUGGGAGGAUCAGGUUCAGGCUGUGAACUAUCUGCCAGCCUCAUCAGCCUGCUCUAGGAGAAAACCCCUGGGGGACAACAUGAUGUGUGUCAUCGCAGUGUGUGGUAUGGAGUUUCCUUUCUGUUUCACCUUUUGGCUUCUUGAAGGGGAAGAAAUCCUUAGCCAGGAGUCAGGCUCAGCUUCAUCCCACAAAUGGAAGCCACACUCUACAGGCCAACCAGGAUUUGCUUCCGGCUAUAGAUUCUGGUGUGGUUUGCCAGAGGUUGAUUCUGCAGUCUCCAAAGCUUGAGGAAAUUGUGUACUUGGGAUGGGGCUCCAUGGAAAGCUUCCCGCUUUCUGCAGACUGCUGCUAGAGGCAGCAGCUCUUAUGGGGUGGAUUCUCAUCACAGGGUCUUGGAGGCCUUGUUUCUCCCCACUGUCCUGUGCUGAAAACUACAGGCACCAGUGAAGGUGGCUGACCUUUGACUCCAAGAUACCCAGACCAAAGAAGCUGCUGUUCUCGGCAAGAUGCACAGAGUUCGAGCAGAGUUCCACAGACGCAGACAGGAGUCAGAGUCUGAGACUUCAGACUUGGUGCCCCAAGGGCCAGAGUGCUCAAUCUGCUCAGGCCUCUAAGACAUCAAAGAACAAGUGCUUUAGUCUUUCCUACCUUAGGCAGGACCUGAAACUUGAUCACUUCUGAGCCAGGUUCAGGCUUCAUUUGCCUCUAAAAUAUGGGAUAUACCUAUCUCUGGAACGAGCUCUAAUUUGGUUGGCUCUGGUCAUGGGAUGAAAACGAUAAGUCUCAGGUGGCUGCUCUAAAAGAAACAUCUUCUGGCAACUGUCCCAGUAUCUCCUUCCCCAAAGUCAGGCAGCCUGCCCCUGGGAUUCUUAUUUCCUUAUGGUGAGGGCCAGCCAGGUCUGCAGGAGUCAGCUCGGGAGCUUCUUUUUUAUCCUGACCUUCUCUGGGUUCUUCACUCAGCCCCUUCUGGAAUUUGGGGCCAGAGAGCACCAUCAUGGCAUUCAGGACUACCUUGCAGGAGUGUAGUAUGGAGGCCUCAAAACUGACUUGAACCAAACAAGGCAGGAUCCUAAGACCUCCUAGCCAACUGGCUUCUAGCAGCUACUGUGAGAAGGCCUCUCGGGCCUGGCCCCUAUUCUCUGCCACACAGUCUUUGCUGCUGAGUUCCAAAGACCAUCCUGUCCUCUGGAGUGAGUCCAUUUUCCUAGUCUGUAGGGAGAAAGCCAGGUAGAGAAGAGACCUGGGUCUGGAAUAAGGCCUACAUAAGACUUGUUUUUCCCACACAUGCAUGUUUCCAAAGAUGCAGAUGUCUGAAGGCUGGCUCAGGGCAAGCACUCCGACUCCUGUUUUUCAAUGGAAAGUUUCAGGCUUGCCUGCAAAUUCCUUUUAUCUGCCCUUCCCUGCUUACUUGCUAGCUCUCUGAAGCCCAGAGGUGGUAUCUCUAUGGUCUUGAAUUCUUUCCCUAAAGAUGACUAGCACUUGGUGAGCCUGAAGGCCUGAAGGCCCUGGACAGUUGACAGUUGAGAAGAAAGAAAGAGGUCAGGAGUGUUUAGGGUAACCCACGGCCCGGUCUUACCUGCCUCAGAACCAGAGGACACCCAGGCCUCAGUUUUGCAGGCAGGCCUGCAACACACCAUCUUGGAGGCUAUUUAGGACAAUUUCAUUUAAAA